UCCCAAUGACGUCACGGGGCCACUUUCCGGCCCAUUGGCAGAGUCGGGCUGGAGUUGUGAGGACCCGGGGCGCCAUGGGGGCCACUGGCGACACCGAGCAGCCGCGGGCACCCGGCGGGGCAGAGGGGGGCGGGCCGGAGCUAGGUGACGUGGGGCAGUCGGGUCAAGGCCCCAAUCCUUGGAACAUUAUGAUAAAGCACCGGCAGGUGCAGCGAAGGGGCCGCCGCUCACAGAUGACCACCAGUUUCACAGAUCCUGCUAUCUCCAUGGACCUGCUCCGAGCUGUGCUGCAGCCUAGCAUCAACGAGGAGAUCCAGACUGUGUUCAACAAGUACAUGAAGUUCUUCCAGAAGGCAGCACUGAAUGUGCGAGACAACGUUGGGGAAGAAGUGGAUGCAGAGCAGCUGAUCCAGGAGGCCUGUCGUAGCUGCCUGGAGCAGGCAAAACUACUGUUCUCAGAUGGAGAAAAAGUUAUACCCAGAUUGACCCAUGAGCUUCCAGGGAUAAAGCGUGGUCGGCAGGCAGAAGAGGAAGGUGCCCAUCGAGGAAGUCCCAUUCCCAAAAAGAGGAAGGGACGGCCUCCUGGACACAUCCAGUCAAAUGACCGGGCAGCCCCUGGCAUGGUGUGGAAACCAAAAUCCUGUGAACCAAUUCGCCGAGAAGGCCCCAAGUGGGACCCAGCUCGGCUGAAUGAAUCUACCACCUUUGUGUUAGGAUCUCGAGCCAAUAAAGCCCUGGGGAUGGGGGGCACCAGAGGGAGAAUCUACAUCAAGCACCCACACCUCUUUAAGUACGCAGCUGAUCCCCAGGACAAGCACUGGCUGGCCGAGCAACAUCACAUGCGGGCAACAGGAGGGAAGAUGGCCUACCUCCUCAUUGAAGAGGACAUCCGGGACCUCGCUGCCAGCGAUGAUUACAGAGGAUGCCUGGACCUGAAGUUAGAGGAGCUGAAAUCCUUUGUCCUACCCUCCUGGAUCGUUGAGAAGAUGCGAAAGUACAUGGAGACUCAACGGACAGAGAAUGAGCAUCGUGCAGUUGAAGCACCUGCACAGACCUGAAGCCAGGUGGCCUGGCCACACUAGGCAGCCUUCCUCCUGACCCUCAUUCCCUGUGGCCAAGGCCACCACUGAGACUGCUCCCAGAUGGAUGAUAAGCGGCAUUAAGCUGUGCCUCACAGGGGUGAUUCACUACAGGGCAUCCCCAGACUGGCAUGUACUUCUAUAUUUGUAAAGUCAUUAGGAUAAGAAGCAAUUAAACAGUUUGUAAUAAACACAGAUGAUGA